ACAAACCAAAGAGACGCACUUCUCUCUUACCCUACACAUGGAAGGUCUUAAGCCAAUUCGAGUAACAAAGGAAGAAGGUGGCGAGGAAGGCCAACUCUUGAGUCCAAUGUCUCGCAUUUUUCACCAGCCGAACUCGAGUAUCUACAUCAUUGUGUUCGUAGGGUUUAAGACCCCUAUUAAUCCAGAUGCUAUUAAAGCCACCUUGGCUCAUAUUUUCCUUAAACAUCCUCAUUUCUGUAGUUUACUGGUUGUGGAUGACAAAAAUGGUGUAGAGAUGAGAUGGGUUAGAACACAAGUAAACAUAGACAAUCAUGUCAUAGUUCCGAUGCUUGAUCCAAGCAUGGAGAUGGAGUCUCCUGAUAAGUUUGUAGAAGAUUACGCCUCUAACCUCAGCAAAACCGCAAUCAAUAAGUCCAUACCUUUGUGGGAUGUCCAUCUCCUCAACUUUAAGACCUCAGAAGCUGAAUCCACUAUCAUUCUCCGUGUCCACCAUUCCCUCUGCGAUGGCAUCUCUCUUAUGUCCAUGUUACUUUCUUGUGCUCGCAAAGUAUCCAAAGCUGAGGAACCUCCAACCAUUCCAACUAUAAAGAAAAGGAAUCCCAAGAAUGUUAACUCUGGUGGGUUCUGGCAAUUCUUUCUCAAGCUAUGGUGGUUAAUGUUGCUUUGUUGGAAUACCAUUAUUGAUGUUGCGAUGUUUAUGGCUACGGUUUUCUUCUUGGAGGACACCAAAACGCCUCUUAAAGGUCCUGGAUUUCGAUUUGGAUUUGAAUCUACUCCUGGUCCUAGGAGGUUUGUUCAUUCAACUAUCUCUCUGGACGAUGUAAAGCUGGUGAAGAAUGCUAUGGACGCUACCAUCAAUGAUGUGAUGAUGGGAGUCACACAAGCUGGUUUGUCUCGUUAUCUCAACAGGAAGUAUGGUGAAAUUAAGAAACGUGAUGAAGCAACAGAAGAAAAGAAUAAUCUACCCAGAAAUAUUCGUCUUCGAGCAACUCUUGCUGCUAACAUAAGAUCAUCUUCGAGCAUCCAAGCAUCUGAUGAUAUAAUAAGCAGAAAUACGAAGGGCAAUAAAAUAGGGCUUGUUCUCUUCCCCUUCAAAAUUGCCCUAAGAGAUGAUCCAUUGGAAUAUGUACGUGAAGCCAAGGUUGCCGUGGACAGGAAGAAAGCUUCUUUUGAAGCUAAAUUCGUACAUUUCAUGUCCAAGUUUUGUUCCAAAUUCAUUGCCCUUAAGAUUGCAAACAUGCCUUCACAGACAACAUUGGGGUUCUCAAAUAUGCCUGGUCCUCAAGAAGAAAUCUCUUACCAUGGCCACCCAGUGGCUUUCAUAGCUCCUACUAUAUAUGGGCAACAAUGUGGACUAAUGAUUCAUAUAAUGAGUUAUGUGAAGAAGAUGAAAAUAAUCCUAUCAGUUGACGAAAGCAUAGUUCCUGAUCCUCAUCAGCUUUGUGAUGAUUUUCUAAAUUCUUUUCAGCUCAUCAAGGAAGCUGUCUUAGCUGAAAAAGGAUUCAUUCAUGAAUCAUAAUCAUAAUCAUACCACUAAUGUUGUGCAAUAAUUAUUGAAAUUUUAGGGUAUGUUCGGAUUGUUUUUAAAAAACAAAAAAGCCAUUCAGUUGAACAUUACGUUUUCAAAGAAUUUGUAUUAAUCUUGCUUUCGUUUGCAAAGUUGAAAACGAUAAACUAUAAAUGAAUAGAAGUAGACUUUUAUUUUGGUUUUUCACGGAGCUUUGCAUGGUGGAUUAGUGAGCUCUAGUGUUAGGUUGA